UCCACAACAGCAGCAGCAGAAGCUUCAGCGCAUUUGCUCGUAUGAAGGAGCCUGUCACUCUCCCUUGUGGGGACAGCUACUGCUUCAACUGUCCUAAUAACUACCGGGAAAAGUUAACUGUGGAGGGAGCCCACCUCUGUCCUUAGUGCAAACAAGAAUUUAAGGUAGAGAUUAACAAAGCACUGCAAUGGAAGAACAAGUAGAGAACCUAGAGGAAAUGAACACUGAUGCCACUCUGUCUCAGAGUUACGCUGGACCUGGUGAUGUCUGCUGUGAUGUUUGUUCAGGGAAGAGAAAGAAAGCGUCAAAGACCUGCGUGACCUGCAUGGUCUCCUACUGCGAAACUCACCUUCAACCCCACUAUGAGUCUGAAGCUCUGACGAGACAUAAACUGGAGGAGCCGACUGAAAACACUGAAAAGAAACUCUGCAAAGAACAUCAGGAAUUUCUGGAACUCUUCUGUAGGACUGAUGAUCUCUGCAUCUGCUUAGUGUGCGCGACAACGGAACACAAAAGUCAUGACACGGUGACCUCCAGUGAAGAGAGACGUGGGAGACAGAAUCAACUAGACAGCAAAAAAGAUGAAGUGAAAAAGAAAAUUGAGGAGAAAAAGAAGAAACUGGAGGAGAUGAAGGAGGCAGUAAAGAGAAUUGAGGAAUCUUCACAACAAGAAAUACAGAAACACGAGGAGACCUUCAAGUCUGUACUUGAGUCCAUUGAGAGACUGAGGUCAGAGAUCAUUAAACUGAUAAAAGAUCAUGAGCAAAGGGAAUUGAGAAAGGCUGAAGAGCUCAUCGAGUGUCUAGAGAAGGAGAUCGAGGAGCUGCAGAGGAAAGCCACUGAGCUGGCCAAGCUUUCACAGACAGAAGAUCACAUCCACGUUCUCAGGGUGAGAGUAGGCCUGUUUGAAACACUUCUUUGUUUCUCAUGUCCUUCAUCCUUCUUCUCUCCUCAUGUAGAAGUUACCACUUCUCUGUGUCCCUCUUGGUGAUGGAGAUGCACCAGAAAUCAAAAUUAAUGAAGAUUUACUGCCUGAGACUUUGAGGACAAGCCUGUCUGAUCUGAAUAAGCUCCUGG